AUGGAUCUACUGCAGAAAAACCAGACCAUGAGUUCUGAAUUUAUUAUCUUGGGUUUUGGGGACCUGGCUGACUUGCAAAUCCUCUUUUUUGUACUCUUUCUAACCAUGCACCUUAUCACCCUAGCAGGACAUACAACUAUUGUCCUCAUCACCCUCAUUGACUCCCGCCUCCAGACCCCCAUGUAUUUCUUCCUCCGGAAUCUGUCCAUCAUUGAAAUUGGUUAUAUACUGGUUAUUGUCCCCAACAUGCUGGCCAAUUUCCUUUCCAGGAACCAGCGGAUGCCCUUCUUGGGCUGUGCCUUGCAAAUGCACCUGUUCAUUGCCCUGGGUGGGGCAGAAUGUUUCCUCCUCACUAUGAUGGCCUAUGACCGCUUUGUAGCCAUUUGCAAUCCCCUGUGCUACACACUCAUCAUAACAAGGGCCAUCUGCCUGCAGAUGCUGGCUCUGGCAUGCAUCAGUGGCUUUGCACUCUCGCUCACCCUUACCACACUGAUCUUCCUCCUGCCCUUCUGUGGGUCCCAUGAGAUCAAUCAUUUCUUCUGUGACAUCCCUGCUGUGCUAUUCUUGGCCUGCUCAGACACACAAGACAAAGAGAUUGCAGUCUUCCUUGUGUGCAUGCUCAUCCUGUUGUUGCCCUUCUUAUUGAUCCUGCUCUCCUAUGGGUUCAUUAUCACUGCCAUCCUCAGAAUCCACUCAGCUGAGGGCAGAAGCAAAGCCUUCUCUACCUGUGCAGGGCACCUACUGGUCUCACUUUUGCACUAUGGCUGUGCAAUAUUCAUCUACAUUCGCCCCAAGUCAUGCUACACCCCAGAACAGGACAAAAUUGUAUCUUUAAUCUACACCAAUGUGACACCCAUGUUGUAUCCUAUGAUAUAUAGUCUGAGGAACAAGGAAGUCAAGGGUGCCCUCAGGAGACUCAUGGUGAUGAAGUGGCAGCCCAAUGCAGGUUGA